AUGGGGCUUUUGGGCUGGGAUAACAAGCCCCUGACCCACGCUAUGUACCACAAGCAGGAAGUGUGUAUAAUGGGUCAGAUGGCGCAGAGACCCUUCACCUUGGAGCUCCCCGAACACCUGGAGGACCAGCUGGAAGACUACCUCAGACAGUAUCCAGCAGAAGAAGCGAUUCAGAAGCUUUGGGAGGAAGAGGAGGAGAGAGCAGGACAACCAUCAAUCAUGGAGGAUGAAGAUGAGGUCAUUGUAGAUGCCAUAACAGGCAGUCCGUAUCAGCCCCUGUCCCCAGAGGAGGCGGAGCUUCUGAGCGAUAGCCUCCGGUUGCAGUGGAAGGAGGCGGAUCCCAGCUUUGGGGUGGAGCUUCCUGUGGACGCGCACCGGGAGCGUGUGCUGUCGGCUAUGGAGGCAGAACGGGUGACCAUCAUUGUCGGGGAGACGGGGUGCGGGAAGACCACACGCAUACCGCGCUUCCUGCUUGAGAGCUGUGUUCAUGGGGGCGACGGGGCGCGGUGCAACAUCCUGGUCACCCAGCUGCGCAGGAUCAGCGCCGUGUCUGUGGCCCACAGGGUGGCUCACGAGCUCGGACCUGAUCUCCAACACUGUGUGGGGUACCAGGUGAGGCUGGACAGCCGUCCCCCAGAGCACAGCGGGGGAGCCAUGCUGUUCCUGACGGUGGGCGUGCUGCUGCGGAAGCUGCAGAGCAACGCAGCGCUGCAGGGGGUGAGCCACGUGCUGGUGGAAGAGGUGCACGAACGUGAUGUCAGCAACGACCUGCUGCUGGCCCUACUGCGCACCGCCCUGCAGCACAACCCCGACCCCGACACAGACCGCCUGUCCCGCUACUUCGGGGGCUGCCAGGUACUGCGCGUGCCUGGGAUCAUGUACCCCGUCCGCCAGCGAUACCUGGAGCAGGUCCUGCGGGAGAUGGGACGGCCUGCCCCCAUGACAAGCCUCGCCAGUGCUAGUAGCCAGGUGGAUGAUGAUGAUGCCACUCCUGACCUGGAUCUGGUGGCAGAUGUGAUAGAGCAUAUUCACAAGUGUGGAGAGCCAGGGGCAGUACUGUGUUUCUUGCCUGGCUGGCAGGACAUCCGCAUGGUCCAGAAGAUUCUGAAGAGGAAAGCUGCUUUCCAGGGCAAGGGCUGUCUAAUUCUGCCCUUCAAGAUUUUACUUUUGUCAGACCAGCAGACCGUGUUCCAGUGCCCCCCUGCAGGCCAGCGCAAGAUCGUCCUGGCAACCAACAUCGCAGAGACCUCAAUCACCAUCGACGACAUCGUUCACGUGGUGGACCUGGGCGUUCAGAAAGAGGAGCACUACGACCCGCGUACCAAGAUCUCCUGUCUCGACACCGUCUGGAUCUAGUGCUCCAAUGUCACCCAGUGCAAGGGCAGGGCUGGGCCUUGCCAGCCUGGCCACUCCUACCACCUGUUUCCAAAGGGACGUCUGGAGGCAAUGCCAGACUUCCCCAUCCCUGAGAUACAACGCACCCCCCUGGAGAGCUUAGUGAUGCAGGCCAAGGUUCACAGUCCAGACAGCCAGGCUGUGGACUUCCUGUCCCAAGUUAUUGACAGUCCAGACAAGGCGGCAGUAGAAGAGGCCAUCAUGAACCUGCGGGAGAUUGGGGUUCUGGAUGGUAGCGAGUCUCUGACCCCGCUGGGGGAGCGUAUCGCCUGCCUGUCCUGCGACCCCAGGCUGGGGAAGGUCCUGGUUCUGGGGGUGCUGUUCCGUUGCGUUCUGCCCCUGCUCUCCAUCAUGGCCUGCCUGACCCGGGACCCCUUUCUCAACAGCAUGCAGAACCGGGUGCUCAUCCGAGAGGUCAGCUCGCCGGCAGGCAGUACCUGGACGACCACUGCCUCUCUACCAGCAGCCUGCUCUUCAUACAGGGUGAGAGACACACAGACACUGCACUCACUACAGUCCCUUAUUUUUCUCCUCUUAAAAGUCUGUUGGAAGCCGUGUCAGUUACAUCACAUACACGGGCUGACCCAGCAGUUCAGUGAUAAUCUGCAUGAAGCCAGGCUUGUGCCCAAAGCGUUUCACUGCCUUCAGCUGAGUUCCUCCACAAACCACUUCAGCCAGGAGGACCAGCUGGUGAAGGCCGUGCUGCUGGCCGGUCUGUACCCCAACCUCAUCCAGGUGAAGAAGGGCAUGGUGACCAAGGGGGGAAAGUUUCGGCCCAACUGCCUGGCCUACCGCACCCGCACCGGACCCGUCCUCCUGCACCGCUCCACCGUCAACAGAGGAGAGGAGAAUCUUCCUAGUCGCUGGCUCACGUUUUUCACAGCUGUCAAGUCCAACGGACAAGUCUUUAUCAGGGACUCCACUGUGGUCAACCCGCUUUCCCUGCUGCUGCUCACCGACUGCAACAUCACAGAGAGGGUGUCCGGGGGGCGAGUGGAGGUUUCAUUAGGAGAGCAGUCUUUGGUGCGCUGUGAGAUGUCUGUUCAGAGCUGGAAGCUGCUGUGGGAGCUUUGCAUGUCCCUGCACGCCAUGCUACAGAGGCAGCUACUCGCCCAGGACCGCCAAGCCUCCACCCAGGACCGCGACACCAGCGCACAGGACCUCCAGCUCAUCGCACUGCUGGUGCAGCUGCUCAACAGCACCGAGCCGGGGACCGAAGUCUCGGAGCCAUGGGGGCCGCGCCCAGAGAGGAGUCCUCAGCCCCCGUUACUCGAUGCACCGAGUCUGACGCAUGCGCGUGCUGCGUGA